CAGUUAGAUCUAGAAUUUGGUGAUUCUGCGAUGCAGCUGUUAGACGUAGUCUCUGCUGGAAUACCCACCGUGGCACAUUGCUGGUCUCGCCGUCGAUCUGCCGGUGCAAUGGCGGCUUCACUCAGGUGUAGUCCCGGCGAAUCAAUAGACUCCCCCGCGAGACAGGCCUCAGGAACUUGGACAGGCAACCCGAACCCAGCGGCACCCACGGAGCAGAGAUGGCGAUCAAGGACCAAAAAGGAAGGAAAGGGCAUGGCAGCAGGAAAGACAGUUCAGAGGGAUCAAAUUACUGAGGCAGCAGAUUUCUGUGAACUCCCACUCGACACAAACACAGCACACAGAAAACUCAAACUGUCUGACAACAACAGGACGGUGACACUAGUGAGGGAGGAUCUGCCAUAUCCUGAUAAUCCAGAGAGGUUUGACUUCUGGUUUCAGGUGCUGUGUAGAAAUGGUCUGACUGGUCGCUGUUACUGGGAGGUCCAGAGGAGAGGAUGGGUUGAUAUAUCAGUGAGUUACAUAGGAAUCAAGAGGAGAGGAAACAGUGAUGACUGUGAGUUUGGAUGUAAUGAUCAGUCCUGGAGUCUGAGGUGCUCUGUUGAUGGUUCCUACUCUGUCUGGCACAAUAAGAUAGAAAAAGUCCUCCCUCUCACCUCCGGUGACUCUGAUAGAGUAAGAGUGUGCCUCGACUCUCCUGCUGGCUCUCUGUCCUUCUACAUAGUCAACUCUGACUUACCGAUCCACCUCCACACCUUCAACACCACAUUCACUCAGCCUCUUUACCCUGGGUUUAUGGUCAGGUCUAUUGGUUCCUCAAUGUCUCUUUGUUGUCUGUAGGAGGAGACACAUUUCUGUCCUGUGGUUUAAAGGUGCCCUGCCACAUGUAUUUCAUUACUUUGUGGUAAUGUCUGAAGUUCUACCAUGCAUCUUUUUGUGGAAAAAAUGCCUUGGUUACCCUUUUUCAAGCCAUUAUAGCGUUGUAUAGAAAGCUUGCUGGGAGACUCAGCUUGAUUUGUGCCAGUUCUCAUUGAUAUUCAGUGAGCUAAGCUGCUGGACUCUGAUUGGCUAACAGCUAGCCAAUGAGAGCCUGGCUAUCAGCAUCCUUCACCCAGCCCAACUGGGCGAG